CAGCUUCCCGUUUAUCCAAGCUACCUUGUGCAAAUCAGCGAUGUUAAACCAUGGCUGAAACACCCACUUCUGGACAGAUAAAUGUUCCUCAUGUUCACUGACCUUUACAAGGCUUGGGUGCAAGGGACCGUCAACAGCUGAGGAUGGAGUUGGUGCAGCUGUUUUUCUGUUUUUCAGCCAUUGCCGUGCUGACCCCAUGCCAUGGAUUCAGUGUGGACACUGAACAACCGAUUAUCUUCCGGGAAACGGUGAAAAGUUUUGGCUAUAGUGUGGUGCAAUUUGGAAGCGGCACAAAUGCCGGGGUGUUAGUAGGUGCUCCACUUCAGCAGGGAGUUGUGAAUGAAACAGGGAAAAUAUACAAAUGCCAGGUGACUGCAAGCAAGUCAGGCAGAUGCCAGGAGUUGGUUCUUCAAAGACCUCCUGAUGCAGUCAACAUGUCUCUUGGUUUAUCUGUUUCGGCCCAUGAUUCUCAAGUGUUGGUGUGUGGGCCCAGGGUACACCAAACGUGUGGGGAAUACAUAUAUCUCAAAGGUUAUUGCUUCCUCUUGGACCAGAAUUUGAGGCAGAUCCAGCGCUUUCCUGAUCAAUUGCCAGAAUGUUCCAGACGCCCUGCUGACAUUGUUUUUCUGAUUGAUGGUUCAGGAAGCAUAAAAACUCGUCAAUUCUCACAAAUGAAAACCUUUAUUUCUGAGGUCAUGAAGCGUUUCCAAAAUACAAACACUCAGUUUGGCUUGUCCCAGUACUCUGAUGGAUAUGUAGAACACUUUGACUUUCUCCUUUUCAAAGCUACCCCAAAUCCAGAUGAUUUGAUUAGAAAAACCAGGCAGCUGAAUGGAGCUACUUACACGGCUACAUAUAUCCAGAAAGUGGUGCGUGAAAUGUUUCUCCCCGAAAAAGGAGCCCGCAGUGAUGCAUCUAAAAUUCUCAUUGUGAUAACUGAUGGGGAAAAAACAGGAGAUCCUCUAGAAUAUAAUGAAGUGAUUCCAGAAGCACAAAGGGCUAACAUUAUCCGCUUUGCUAUUGGGGUUGGGUUUAGUUUUGCAUACGGAUCUGCUCAUGAAGAACUCGUUGCUAUUGCCUCCAACCCAUCUGUGGACUAUGUUUUCUCCGUGAACAAUUUUGAUGCUCUCAAGGACAUCCAGAACAAUCUUCAGAAUAAAAUUUUUGCCAUAGAAGGUACUCAGUCCCAGAACACCGGCAACAUCUCUCAGUCCUUCGAGUUAGAGUUGUCUCAGGAAGGAUUCAGUGCCUUACACACCCAGAGUGGCUCCAUACUGGGGGCUGUUGGAGCCUAUGAUUGGGCUGGAGGACUCUUCCUUUUCAACAGCCAGGGUGAUGCGGCUUUUAUUAAUACCUCCAGCUCCACAAAUGAUUUGAAAUCUGCUUAUCUUGGUUAUUCAAUUCAGGAAGUUCAAGUCAACGGACAGAGCAGCUUCGUCGUGGGAGCCCCACGUUAUCAACACGUGGGCAAGGUGGUCUGGUUCAGCCAAAGGAGAGGACAGUGGACGCAGAAGUCAGAGCUCUCUUUAAAGCAGUCCCCCCAGAUUGGCUCAUAUUUUGGGGCUACCCUGUGUGCUGUGGACUUGGACAGAGACAGGAAUACUGACUUGAUCCUCAUUGGUGCACCUAUGUACUACGAUGGCAUUGCAGGAGGAAGGGUCUACGUUUGCCAAAGACAGGGAGAAACAUUUUUCUGUGGCAAGGAAUUGCAAGGGGAGCCCCAUCACCCCUUGGGUCGCUUUGGGACCAGCAUAGCAGAAGCUGGGGAAAUUACCAGGGAUCAGUGGACAGAUGUGGCUGUCGGGGCACCACUGGAGGAUGAGAAUCAAGGAGCUGUGUACAUCUUCCAGGGGCAGAGAAGAUCCCUCAACCAUGUUUUUAGCCAGCGCAUCCGAUCUUCUAUUGUUGCCAAUAGGCUUCAGUAUUUUGGACAAGCUCUUGAUGGGGGGUCAGAACUUACAGGUGAUGGACUCCCAGAUCUGGCUGUUGGGGCUGACAGACAAGUGCUGCUCCUAAGAGCCCGACCUGUGGUCAGUGUGGUGACUGGAAUAACCUUAAACCCAACUAUCAUCCCCAUGUCUGCCUUUGAGUGUGAAGGCCAGAAUGUGCUGAACAAAGAAAUCAGCACAGCGACAGUCAAUUUUAAAAUCGUAGGAGACAUCCGGUUUACCUUCGGCAAUAACACUUUCAACACCAUUCGGUACACUUUGACCUUGGAUCCUGGUCGCCAGAAAGUACGAGCUGUUUUUCACCAGGGUUCGAAUUUGUCUACCACCACAGAAGAGAUGAAGAUCGGUGUGGGGACAGAAUCCAGGAUGUACCGUAUAAAAUUACCGACUUGCGUAGAAGACAGCCUCACCCCCAUAAUCCUUCAGCUGAAUUAUACCCUGAUGGGAGAGCCAAUCCCACAGGCCAACAAUCUACGGGCCAUCCUGAAGAAAGAUGAUGAGUCUAAUCUGCUUUUGGCAUCUCUGCACUUUGAGAAGAACUGCGGAAGAGAUGGAAUCUGUAAAGACCAGUUAAAAACAUCCUUCAAUUUCUCAGGCUUGAAUGAAUUGGUGGUUGGCCUGACCUCUGAACUCAAUGUUACUGUUUUCAUCCGGAAUGACGGAGAGGAUUCUUACAGUACUAACUUGACUUUCAUCCAUCCAUCUUCACUGUCCUAUCGCAGAUUUAUAUUAGUGCAGACCAACAGAAAAUAUGUGAUUAUUAAAUGCAUCUCUCCUCAUGGUACAGAGGAAGUCCCUGUGAGGAAAACCAUCUGUGGCAUCAAUCAUCCCAUCUUCCGAAGCAUGGCUGAGGUGAUCUUCAUUGUCACCUUUUUUGUUUCCCAAGAUGCAAAUCUAGGAAGUGUGGUGAGAAUCAGUGCCACAGCUUCCAGUGAAAAUAAUGUCACUGUCACAAAGGACAUGGUUUAUCGAAUGGAGCUGCCCGUCAAGUAUGCAAUCAACAUUUUCAUCAAUAACUUGGCUUCAUCAACCAAGUAUGUUAAUAUUUCUGCCGGACAGGAAGAUGAAACCCAGACUGUGGAACAUCAUUACGAGAUGAAGAAUACGUAUCUUCGAAAUGUUUCUGUUUCAGUAACAUUUCAUAUUCCUGUGUCACUGAAUGGAACACAGAUUUGGAAUGCAACCUUGGACGUCCCUCAAGAGUUCCCUCAGAUCAUUUGUGUGCCUGGAACAAACACUCCAGGAUCCAAGGAAUUUGUGAAGCAACUAAACAAGCAACCUGUUUUGGACUGCUCUGUAGCCACCUGUAAAACAAUCACUUGCAAUGUUCCAUCCUUGGAAUUCCGUCAAUUUAUUGAGUUCAAGAUCAAAGGGGACAUUGGCUUCAAGUGGUUUUCACAGAUCCAGCAGACGAAGGUGACUUUGGUGAGCUCCACCCAAAUUUCUUAUGACAAGAACAAAUACAAGCAGAUAGAAGAAUUCAUGAAAAGCCAGGUGAAGACCACAGUGGAGUUCUUUAAAGGCUACAACUACCUGCCCAUCAUUAUUGGCAGCUGUCUGAUUGGUCUUGUACUCCUUGUUCUGAUUGCAGCAAUUCUGUAUAAGCUUGGAUUCUUCAAAAGACAGUAUAAACUGAUGAUAGAUGAGGCACAUAAUGAGGUGGCUGAAGGUCCACCAGAAGCCAGCACUCCUUCUGAUGCUACCAAAGGAUAAAUGUCUAUGGAGAAUCUCAAUCAUCCAGGUCAUGGUUGUCCCAAAGGUGCUUUUUCAAAAGGGAACUGGACUUUCUUUGUUUUUGCAUGGAGACAUUUUGCUUUUCACCCAAGAAGCUUCUUCAGUUCUGAAUGAAUCAGAAAUUGAGAAUCAACAAUAGAAUUAGAUCAGACUAGAGUAGACUAGAGUAGAGUAGAGAGGAGGGAAGGGGAAGGGAGAAGGGGAGAGGAGAGGAGGAGAGAAAUGUU